CCCCUUUAAAUGAAACAAAAAAACUUUUGUACAUGGUGAGGUAGUCAGUGGUUUUACCCACCCAUUCUGUCAUGCAUGAGCUUGAGCCCUAAGGAACGAGGAAAAAGUGUACCUUCUGCUCAUUACCCUUUACCCACACACACACACACACACAGAAAGAGAGGAAGUGAACAAGGCGACAUCAACUUCAACAUCUCUGAUUUCUCAAAUGGGGAUGCUUUUGCCUCAUAUUUGGACAGUAGUAGCUGUUCUAACAACACUUUGUAUAGUUUCAGGCUCAAACAUAUGUACUUCCAGAGGUGUUGGAACCUGCAAAGAAUGUUUGUCCAUUCAUCCAUCCUGCGCUUGGUGUUCUCAGAAAGACAUGGGUCUCAGCAGCUCCAGUGUUUCCCGUUGUAACCUAAAAUCCAUCUUGCUCCAGUCUGGAUGUAAAGCAGAGUUUAUUGAGUAUCCAGUCAGUAGCAUUGUCGUGGAAGAGAACCGACCCCUCAGUGACCGUGCUCAGGGCUCAGCUGAUGACAUCACUCAGAUUCAACCACAGCGUAUCCGACUGAUCUUGAGACCAGAUGACCCGAAGCGUUUUACAGUGACCAUUCGGCAGGCAGCUGAUUAUCCUGUCGACCUCUACUACCUAAUGGAUUUAUCCUUUUCUAUGAACGAUGACUUAGCCAACCUCCGCUCCCUUGGCGAUGGCCUGGCUAAAGCUAUGGGUAGUACCACCAGUAAACUGCGCAUGGGGUUCGGGGCAUUUGUGGACAAAACACUCUCCCCAUACAUGUAUAUGUUUCCAGAUGAGGCCAUAAGCAACCCCUGCAUUGGCAUUUCCAGUAUCUGCUCACCGCAGUUCGGUUAUAAGAAUGUCCUGUCACUGACAGAGCAGGUGAAUCGGUUCACAGAGGAAGUAAAAAAACAGCAAGUAUCACGGAAUAGAGACUUGCCAGAAGGAGGAUUUGAUGCCAUCAUGCAGGCUGUGGUCUGCAAGGAUGAAAUUGGGUGGCGGCCUGAAGCAUCCCACCUGCUGGUGUAUACUACAGAUGCUUUGAGCCACGCUGCAUUGGAUGGCAAAAUUGCAGGCCUUGUCCAGCCCAAUGAUGGAAAAUGUCACCUUAAUAGUAAUAACAGAUAUGCCAAGACAGCUAUACUGGAUUAUCCUUCCAUUGGAAUGCUCACUGAGAAAUUGACUGAGAAUAAUAUCAACCUCAUCUUUGCGGUCACUGAUAGGGUGUUACCUCUGUACCUUAAUUACAGUAAGCUGAUUCCUGGUACCACUGUUGGACAACUGUCGCAUGACUCGAAGAAUGUUAUCCAACUCAUCCAGGAUGCAUAUGCAAAUAUCAGAUCGAAAGCAGAGUUGGAGGUGUUGGAUGUUCCAGAUGAGCUGAGCUUGUUGUUUAAUGCCACAUGUCUCAACGGAGAGUUAAUACCUGGCGUUAGAUCCUGCUCAGGACUUCAAAUCGGAGACACAGUGUCAUUCCAUGUUGAGGCAAAGCUCCGUGGCUGUCCUAAAGAGAAGAAUCAUACAUUCAUCAUCAAGCCUCUAGGAUUUAAAGACACACUGCAUGUUACUGUUGAAUUUGCAUGCAACUGUUCAUGCCAAGAUUCUGCUCAGCCUGCUAGCCCUGCUUGUCACAACGGCAAUGGCACGCUGGAGUGUGGUGUGUGUCUGUGUGAUCCAGGACGCCUGGGUCAGCAGUGCGAGUGCACCGAGGCCGAAUACAAGCCCACAGACACGGGCAGCUGUAAACCCUCCGGUGGCACAGCUAUCUGCAGUGGGCGAGGUGACUGUGUGUGCGGCCAGUGUAGCUGUUACUCAAAUGAAUUUGGGAAGGUGUGGGGCAAAUACUGCGAGUGUGACGACUUCAGCUGCAUCCACUUCAAAGGUCAACUUUGCUCUGGUCAUGGUGAUUGUGCAUGUGGGUACUGUCAGUGCCACACUGGCUGGUCAGGUGAGAGCUGUAAUUGCUCGACAAGGACGGACACCUGCAUGGCCAGCACUGAACAGCUGCUGUGUAGCGGCCGUGGUGCGUGUUCAUGCGGUGUGUGUGAAUGCACGGUGCCUGGAGCGUACGGUGAAACCUGUGAGAAAUGUCCCACCUGCCCUGAUUCCUGCACCUUAAAAAAGGACUGUGUGGAGUGUAAGCACUAUAAGAGAGGACCGCUGUUUGAGAAAAAAAGCUGCAACACUAUCUGCAGAGAUGAAAUCCAAUUAGUGGAUGAGCUAGUCUUCCAUGAGAAGAGCGCAGUGAACUGCAGCUACAAAGACAAGGAUGACUGCAUUCAGCACUUCCAGUACUAUGAGGAUAUCAGCGGAAAAUCCAUUCUCUACCUUGUUAAAAAACCUGAGUGUCCUAAAGGUCCUGACAAACUGGUAGUGGUGGCUUCUGCCAUCAGCGCCGUCUUCUUGCUGGGCUUGGCUGCUCUGCUGGUGUGGAAGCUGCUGGUCACUAUUCAUGACCGCCGAGAAUUUGCCAAGUUUGAGGAAGAAAGAGCCAAGGCCAAGUGGGAAGCGGCUAAUAACCCAUUAUAUAAAGGAGCAACAACCACUUUUAAAAACGUGACCUACCAGGGCGACUCCUAAAGACCCAACACCUUCAUCAACAGCAGUCACUUGUCUCAGUGAUGGUCACGUAACCUCACCAUGAAUGACUUCACACUUUCCACCAAUCUGUGAGGUCAGCAUUCCAGCAUGGAUGGGGAAGUGGACUUGUCAAUCCUGUGACUGUGCUUUCAGGCAGAACUGUGUGUGGGAUGUGCUUCUUUGACACUGAUCUGAAUUUGUUUAAUUCACCAAAAUAAAGCACCUGAAAUAAUAAUAAUAAUAAUAAUAAUAAUAAUAAUUGUUGUGAUAGAUAGAUAGAUAGAUAGAUAGAUAGAUAGAUAGAUAGAUAGAUAGAAUAAGCCCCAAUUCCAAAAAAGUUGUGACACUGGGUAAAAAAUAAAAACAGAAUGUGAAGAUUUGCAAUCAUGGAAACUCUAUAUUUCAUUGAAAUUUGUACAAACACAACAUAUCAAAUGUUGAAACUGAGCAAUUUUAUUGUUUUUUGAAAAAUAUAUGCUCAUUUUGAAUUUGAGGUCAGCAACACAUUUCAGAAAAGUUGGGAAAGGGACAACAAAAGACUGAAAAAGUUGUGUAAUGCUAAAAAAAACCUAAUUUGGUUAAUUGGCAACAGGUCAGUAACAUGAUUGGGUAUAAAAAGAGCAUCCCAGAGAGGCGGAGUCUCUCAAAACUAAUGAUGGGGAGGGGCUCAACGCUCUGUGAAAAACUGUGUGGGCAAACAGUGCAACAAUUUAAGAAUAACGUUCCUCAAUGUAAAAUUAAAAAGAACUUGUGGAUCAGAUCAUCUAUGGUACAUAAUAUAAUUAAAAGAUUCAGAGAAUCUGGAGAAAUCUCUGUAUGCAAGAGACAAGGCUGAAAACUGACACUGGAUGCUUGUGAUCUUCAAGCCCUCAGGCGACACUGCAUUAAAAGCAGACACGUGUCUGUAGUGGAAAUCACUGUAUGGGCUCAGGAACACUUCAGAAAACUACCGUCUGUGAAAACAGUUCAUUACUGCAUCCACAAAUGCAAGUUAAAACCAGAUAUAAACAAUAUUCAGAAACACCGCCACCUUUUCUGGGCCCGAGCUCUUUUACGAUGGACUGAGGUGAAGUGAAAAAUUGCCCCGAGGUCUGAUGAAUCAAAAGUAGAAAUACUUUUUAGAAAUCAUGGACACCACAUCCUCCAGGCUAAAGAGGAGAGGGACCAUCUGGCUUGUUAUCAGUGCACAGUUCAAAAGCCACCAUCUGUGAUGGUAUGAGGGUGCAUUAGUGCACAUGACAUGGGUAGCUUGUACAUCUGGGAAAGUAUAAUUUAUGCUGAAUGAUAUAUACAUGUUUCAGAGCAAUAUGCUAUCAUCCAGACAAAAUCUUUUUCAGAGAAGGGCUUCCUUCUUUCAGCAGCACAAUGCCAAACCACUAUCUGCACAUAUUAAAACUGCAUGGCUCCGUAGUAAAAGAGUCUGGGUGCUAAACUGGCCUGCCUGCAGUCCAGACCUGUCUCCCAUUUAAAACUUUUGGCGCAUUGUGAAGUGCAAAAUACAACAAAGGAGACCCCGAACUGUUGAGCAACUGCAAUUGUAUAUCAAACAAUAAUGGGACAAGAUUUCUCUUACAAAACUACAGCAGUUGGUCUUUUCAGUUCCCAAACGUUUACAGAGUGUUGUUAAAAGUAGAGAUGAUGCAACACUGCAGUAAACAUGCCCCGUCCCAACUUUUUUGAAAUGUUUUGCUGACAUCAACUUCAAAAUAAGCAUAUAAUUUAAAAAAAAAAACAAUAAAAUUUUUCAGUUUCAACAUUUGAUAUGUUGUCUUUGGAAGCCUUAUGUUUAUUUUCAAUAAAAAAAAAUAUAGGGUUUCUAUGAUUUGCAAAUUAUUGCAUUCUGUUUUUAUUUACAGUUUAUACAGUGUCCCAACUUUUUUGGAUUUGGGAUUGUAAAUGAAUAAAUAAAUAGCAUUUGUACAGUAUUUCAAAUGAAAACAGGGGAAUUAGGGCGAGACACUACAGUAAACGUGGAGAGUCCAUUUUGUGGGAAAUUAUUUUCAUUUUCUGUGUUUUCAAUAAAAGAAUUUGUUUUAAAAUGUCA